AUGGCUAGGAGUUCUUGGGUUCCUAUUGCUUUCUUUCUCUUCCUUACUUUUGCCUCUACCGUUCAAACAGUAAGUGCUGGUGGGGAAGGAUCUCUUAAACUUGAAGAGUGCUCAAAGGCGUGCGAGGAUCGGUGUUCGGCUACAUCUCACAAGAAGCCAUGUUUAUUCUUCUGCAACUAUUGCUGCAAGAGAUGUUUGUGUGUUCCUUCUGGUACACAUGGAAAUAAGGAGGAAUGUCCAUGCUACAACAACAUCAAAACAAAGGAAGGUGGCCCUAAGUGCCCAUGAAACGAAAU